AUGUCGUUCUCGUUUUUGUGCAAAACAAUUGAGACUUUUACUAAUAUAAGAAAUAAUGACGAUACUCGUAACAAUAAGUUAAGGUCAAAGAACUUUCUAGAACAAUCAGGAAGACAGUAUAUUCAGACGCAUCCAAUCAAAGAACUGUCCCAAUUUAACGACACUCUCAAACUUGAUAAUAACACGAUAUUAGAUUUCAAGCCUCCAUUUGUUUCAACUCCGAAACACACUAAAGUACCUCACAAAACAAAUUCGUCGCGUUCUUCUUCCAUAAAAAAUCCAUCAUCAUCAAUACAAAAACGUUACAAGUUCACGGUACAGAAUAAUAAAAAUGUCAACAAACAAAAACUAAACAGGACAAUAUCAGACAAGAGUCAAAAUAAAACGAUGAGCGCCAAAUUUUUUAAUCUCAUAAACGGCUCUUGCACGACACUUGUGAAAAGCUUCACUAACAUACGAAAUAUAUUCAAAAGAAAGGUCAAUGACACUAACGUUAAUAUAGAUAAUGUAGAACCUACCAAUAGCGAACCAUCGUGUAGUUACAGCUUUACAGAAUAUAUGAGGGAGAAAGAUAUGAUGGAGAAAAUAAAUGACAACUAUGAAAGAAAUACAGUGGAUAUAUCAAAUAUAGAAUGUAACACGUGCAACGACACCGUCAUACUCAGACAGAAACUGGCUAAGGACGUGUCGCUACAGAAAACUGUUAAGAGACUUAAGAUCGGUAUUAAUAUGUAUGGCUGCGAUUUUAAGAGAAUAUCCAAAAAAAUGUGGCCGAGAGAAACUUAUAUGACACCAUCGGUGCUUUACAAUCUGUAUCGCAAACUUCUAGUUAAAUAA